AUGGCAUUGGACGCCGCGAGGCUGAUUCAGCAGGUUGGGAUGCAGCAGCUCAUGCGCCGCCGGCAGUCGCCUCGUCGAGCCUCAGCUCCGGAACAGCUGCCCGACCCGCAACCCAGCACGUGGGCUUAUUCCCGCCCUGUGGUCAUCCUCGACGCGUUUUGGAACCUCGCCUUCGUUGUAGUCACAGCCAUCACGCUCUUUAUAAGCCAGGCGCGCAACGAGCGCCCGCCCGCGCCGCUGUCCAUCUGGUUACUCGGUUACGCCGUGCAAUGCGCCGUGCACGUGAUCUGCGUUCUGCUGGAGCACGAGCGGCGGGAGAGCCGGCGCCCUGGCACAACGCGUAGAGUCAGCCAACACAAUGUUCUCCUUUGCCUGGUGGCUCGAGCUCACUUCCUCUCAUGCUCUCUCCUGCUUGCUCUCAUGCCUCCCUCUCUCCUUCUCACCCUCUCACCCUAUUGCAGCCUGGCACGGCGCGUAGAGUCAGCCAACACAAUGUUCUCCUUCGCCUGGUGGCUCGUCGGCUUCACGUGGAUCCUCUCCACCAUCGACGACUCUUUCAAAGACGCGCCCAUCCUCUCCUGGGCGACCACAGCCUUCCUGGCGUUUGACGUGUUCUUCGUCGUCUUCUGUGUGGCUGUGGCGUGCGUUGUGGGCAUGGCCGUGUGCUGCUGCCUGCCCUGCAUCAUUGCUCUCAUCUACGCUGUUGCAGACCAGGCGAGUGCAGUUUCCUCCGAUCCUGUUAUCCUGGUGCCGCAUUGCUCUUUCCAGGAAGGAGCUACACGAGAGCAGAUCGAAGCUCUCCCCAAGUUCAAGUUCUACCGCCAUCGCACCGCCGCCAACAACUCUUCCCAAGCCAGCAGCAUAUGCCCCUUCCACUCCUGCUCCUCCUCCUUCCGCCUCUCCUCGUCUCCCCCCCUCUCCUCCUCCACCUCCUUCUCCUCCUCUCCAGCCACCCGAACCGCCCCCUGCCCCUGCUGCUCCUCCUCUGCCUUUGCCGGUGCCAUGUGGCGCAACGCGGUUGGCCUUGCUGCUGGGCUCUGGAGGCGGGCAGGCCGGGCAGGAGGAAAUAACAGCAGCAUCAGAAAUUCUCCAAGUGGCGAUGGGCUGGACGUCCGUGUGACAGUUGAGGAAGAGACAGGUGGCGUCAUGUCAUUGGUUGGCUCGGCCCAUCCGCCAAGGCAGAGGCAUGUGGAGGCGGAGGAUGCAGAAUGCUGUGUGUGUCUUGUAAGGUAUGAGGAUGGGUGUGUGUUACGGGAGUUACCAUGCUCGCACCACUUCCACGCAGCGUGUAUUGACAAGUGGCUCAAGUCGCACCCGACAUGCCCGCUAUGCAAGCGUGACAUUACUAAGGGAGUGGGGAGCAUGCCAUCGCCUGACACACUGCCAAGUUCACUCUCUGCUGGAGCAUCGGCGGGAGGGGCUCUUGAAAGCACUCCAGGGCCAAGCGGGACACCAUAA